UAAACAAAAAUUACAGUUUAAAUCAUAAAAUAUUUAAUAUUUAAUUAUUACGAAUUACUUGCAUUAAUUCAAUUUUCCAGUUUUUCCUAAAAAUUGCUUGUGUAACAAAGAGUCUAGAACCGCAUAAAAGUGUGACUGUGAACUUCAGUUAGGUAUUAGUGAAAAUAAACCCUAAACAGCGAAGUUGAAAGUGAACAGUUAAAAACAUUGCUGUCAUUGCGGACUUUUAUCGGUGGAAAUACCUAUACCUACCUGCUGACUUACAGUCCACAUUAUUUUUCUAGUCCACACUCGCAGUGGUGUUGUAGUAGUUGUACUAUCAGAGACUUUUCUAUUUUUUACUACGAUAAAAAGUAGUGAAAAUGCGUUUAUCCCGCAUAAUCCAUCCAGCGAAGCCAUAUUUUCGGCCCUUCACCACCUCUGUGCCAGUAUACCAACAGGUAGCCGACGCUGUCAAAUUUGAUCCAGAACGAACGCGUACUGAAGUGGAGGACACUAGCACACGAUACGAGCAGAUGACAAAUGACAAUACAAGCGAUAAGUAUGUAUACAAGAAAGUCGAGCAGAAGCUUCCCGAUGUGCGCCCGCUCUAUCUGGAUCAGCAAGCGACGACUCCGCUGGAUCCUCGCGUGAUGGACGCCAUGCUGCCUUACCAGAUGCAUUCUUUCGGGAAUCCCCACUCUCGAUCCCAUGCUUACGGGUGGGAAAGUGAGCAGGCGAUGGAGAAAGCCAGAAGUCAAGUAGCGCGACUGAUUGGUGCAGACUCUAAAGAGAUAGUGUUCACCAGCGGAGCAACGGAAUCGAAUAAUCUGGCCAUUAAAGGAGUUGCGCGGUUCUACAAAGGAAAGAAGAAGCACAUUAUUACUACACAGACUGAACAUAAAUGUGUUUUGGAUUCGUGCAGAGCUCUGGAAGGAGAAGGCUUCGAUAUUACUUAUAUGCCUGUGCAGAAAUCGUCAGGCUUAAUCAGUCUGAGUGAAUUAGAGAAAGCAAUCCGCCCCGACACUUCCUUAGUGUCCGUGAUGUUUGUGAAUAACGAAAUCGGUGUCAAACAGCCAAUGAAAGAAUUAGGCAGUCUGUGCCGAUCGAAAAAAAUAUUCCUCCAUACCGAUGCAGCACAGGCUGUAGGGAAAGUGCCUGUAGACGUCAAUGCAAUGAAUAUUGACUUGAUGUCUAUAAGCGGUCAUAAAUUAUAUGGUCCAAAAGGAGUCGGCGCUCUGUAUGUGCGUAGACGUCCGCGAGUUCGUUUGGAGCCGAUCAUUAGUGGUGGCGGUCAAGAGCGUGGACUCCGAAGCGGCACCGUUCCGACACCACUGGUUGUUGGCUUUGGAGCUGCAUGUGAAGUUGCUCUGGAUGAAAUGGAGAAUGAUACGAAGCGGAUCGGAUACCUCUCAAAGUUAUUGGUGGAUAAACUGACCGCGGCGAUUCCGAACAUAGUUAGAAACGGUGAUCCAGUCCAGACAUAUCCUGGGUGUGUUAAUCUGUCUUUCGCGUGUGUGGAAGGAGAAAGUCUUCUUAUGGGGUUGAAAGACGUUGCUGUUUCGUCGGGAAGUGCUUGUACUUCAGCGUCGUUGGAACCGAGCUAUGUAUUACGCGCUAUUGGCGCAGAAGAAGACCUGGCACAUUCCUCGAUUCGUUUUGGAAUUGGCCGCUUUACGACAGAGCAGGAAGUCUUGUACACAGUUGAGAAGACUGUAAAAAUGGUUGAACAUCUACGCGAGUUGAGCCCUCUCUGGGAAAUGGUGAAAGAAGGCGUCGAUUUGAAAUCAAUAAAGUGGACACAACACUGAUGCUAUUUAGUGGCGGCUGGUGACAAUUUUCCGCAGGAAAUUAGAAUUCGGAAGAUUAUGGCAUAAGCCUUACCCAUAUGUUGAAAGAAAAUUUAUUUACAUAUUCUGUUACAGAAGAUGAUAAAUUAAACAUGCAUAAAAGAUGUGCGAGCAAAUAAACAGAUGAUCCUUGUCUUCCACGAAAUUAAUAUGAAAGAAAGACUGCAAACGAGACUGUAAAAUAAAGUAAUCAGAACCGAAAACAAUGCUUG